AUGUGGCUCGACCGCCUGGCCGGCGUCCCGGGGAGCACGUCUGGCCAGUCCACGCCUCAGCCUGGCAGCAGGCCGUACUCGCCUCUCCCGCGCAGGACGUCGAGCACGCUGAGCCCAUACGUCACGUCCCAGCGCCCCGGUCACUCGCCUCGGAGCUCCUCUCUGUCCUUGGUCUCCAACGACUCCUCUACAUCGUUGCUCGCAUCCGCGCGCCGACCGAACGGCUCCGGUUUGCGCCAGUCCUCGACCAUCUCUGAACUACCGAACUCGCUGGAGACUCUCGAGAAGCUGCUCAGGUCACCGGACGGCCCUGCGACUCCUGCGGAAGCGCAUACAAGAGCAAUUGAAGAGGACGACAUCGGCUUUUCGGUCAAUUUCGAUGGCUUGACCAUCAAGGAGCUGGUUGAGUCAGGAAUCGACGAAGACCUUAACCUGACCAGCCGAAGUCCACAAACCAUCUCAGAGUACCAAAAGGACAAGUCAAAGUUCGAGGACUUGCAUAGGUCCAUUACGGCCUGCGACGAUGUGCUCGGCUCCGUCGAGACGAACCUGGAGAGCUUCCGCAACGACCUCGCCACGGUGUCGGCCGACAUCGAGUCUCUACAGGCGCGGUCAGCUGCUUUAAAUCGCCGCCUGGAAAAUCGCAAGGUGGUGGAAAAGGCUUUGGGCCCUCUGGUAGAAGAGCUCAGCGUUUCCCCGGACACCAUCACCAAGAUAUCCAGCGGCCAUAUCGACGAGUCCUGGACCAAGAUGCUCUCCGAGGUGGACAGGAGAGCUGUGGCCCAGAAGAAGAAGGCUGCGUCUGGACUCCCACAGAACAAGGCGUCUGAAGAACUUGGGCCGCUGCUGGACAAGCUCAUCCUCAAGGCGAUUGAGCGCAUCCGCGAUUUCCUGGUAGCUCAGGUCAAGGCACUACGAUCCCCUCACAUCAACGCGCAGAUUAUCCAGCAGCAGAACUUCCUCAAGUUCAAGGACCUCUUCACAUUCCUGCAUAGACACCAUGAGACGCUAGCCGAGGAGAUCUCAUUGGCGUAUAUGAACACAAUGCGAUGGUACUAUAUGAAUCAGUUCGGCCGCUACGAGAAGGCGCUGGGCAAACUGAGACUCCAUGUGCUGGACAAGAACGACGCCCUGGGCCACGAGGAUACGACCCGGAUGGCGGCCGUCUUGUCGAGCUCGCGUGUUGGGGGGCCGCCACACGACGCCUUCAAUCUUGGCCGAAGAAUAGACUUGCUCAAAAGCAAUAACCAAACGGCGCUGUCUUCGUAUUUGGCUGAAGAGGACCAGACGACGCACUAUCUUGAGACGCCUUUCCGAAACUUCAACCUGGCGCUCAUCGACAAUGCAACCGCCGAGUACACUUUCUUGGCAACCUUCUUCUCGCCGGCACUGUCAAUGUCACAAAUAUCCAAGAACUUCAACUACAUCUUCGAGCCCACCUUUGAGCUCGGCCAGGCGCUAACAAAGACCCUCGUCGGGGAGACGCUUGACGCCCUGGGCGUCCUUCUCUGCAUCCGUCUCAACCAGCACCUGGCGUUCGAGCUGCAGCGGCGAAGGGUCCCGGCCGUGGACGGCUACGUCAACGGCACCAACAUGCUCCUCUGGCCGCGGCUGCAGGUCAUCAUGGAUCGGCAUUGCGAGUCGGUGCGGCAGCUGACGAGCUCGCUGCCUUCCAAGCCGGCCCGCUCGACGAGCGACGCGGCCAAGAUGACCGCCGCACCCCACGUCGUGACGCAGCGCUUCGGCCAGUUGUUGCAUGGCUUCCUGGCCCUCAGCGCCGAGGCCGGCGACGACGAGCCCGUGGUCGCGAGCCUGCGGCGGCUUCGCACCGAGGUUGAUUCAUUCCUCAACCGGCAGAGCCUCGCGUACGGCACCGAUAAACGAAAGAGCGAGCGCUUCCUCUACAACAACUACUCCCUCAUCCUCACCAUUAUUGGCGAUACCGAAGGCAAGCUGGCGAGCGAGCAGCAGCAGCAUUUUGAACAGCUCAAAGCCGCGCACCAGGAGCAAUCAUGA